AUGGUGGAAGGAGCGCGUGUGCGGCUGGUGGAGUCCUUUGCAGGACAAAAAGGAGGGAGGAAUGAGUUUCAAGCGAGAGAUUUUCAACGUCGAAGAAGCCAAGGAAGCGAUGAAGUUGUUCUUAAUUUCGUGACGGAUGAUCGUGUGCAUCAGGAACGUGAGUAUUCUUCCUCUCAGCAUCAAGAACAUUACGAAGAAGAGGAAGACAACUACAUUGAAGAGAGAGAGGAACGCGCAUACAGAAGCAGUUACGGAGGAGCUCGUGGUGCUCAAUAUUCUUCAAAUAAUUCUUACAAACAACAACAACAGCAACAACUGAGACACAACGAAAUGGCUGUUGAUUAUUCUUCGCAAGACUUUAGACAGUCUCUCGCUGCUAUCGAUGCUGCUGCUCGAGAUGGAGCUACUUCCAGAGGAGAAAAUGUUAGGAUUCGACAGCACGGUGAUACAACCAUCAUGACUGAGCAUCGUGAUCCUUACUCUUUCUACUGGCAACUUGACCAGAACCGUCGAGAGUCUGAUUCUCCUCCAAGACGUCCACCACCAACUGAUUAUGUGAUUGAUGAAGAAGAGGUUGUUGACACUGUUCUUUCUCCCGAAUCUGGUGACUCCGGAAUUGUUUUUGAAAGUCAAUACAGUCGACCUCAGAGAACUCAUCCACUUCCCCCUCCACCACUUCCCCUUGAAGAAGAUAAAGAUCUUCCUCCUGGUUGGGAGAAACAUCAAGACCCUACUGGUUUCUCGUACUAUUGGCACGUAGACAGUGGAACUAUUCAGAGAGAGCCUCCCCGGGCAGCAACUCCACCACGUAGUCCCUCACCUCCUCCUGCCCCAAUAUACAAAAAAGCAGUAUAUACUCAAUCCACUCAAGCUGACGCUCCUGAACCUCCACCACAAGUCAUUCAGCUACCUCCUCAACAGCCUGUCAUCGAAGAACACGCUUUCAAGCAAACAACAACCAAAAGAAGAAUUGAGAAUGAGGAAGAGAGCGAUGGCGAAGUUGAAUUCGGUUUUGGAAAGCCUGUUCGUUUCGCUGUACGCUCUUUAGGAUGGACUGAGAUCAGUGAGGAAGAUCUAACGGCCGAAAGAAGUUCAAGAGCUGUUAACAGAGCUAUUGUUGACUUGUCGACUGGAAGAAAUGACCUGAUGGACAACGUUAGCAAAUGGGGCGAUGGAAGAGAGCUCAUCAUGGAACUAGAUGAUAAUGAGCUUUCAUUGAUUGAUCCCGACACAAUGACAGUCAUCCACUCCGAGAGAAUCCAACAGAUUCGUGUCUGGGGUGUCGGUAGAGAUAAUGGAAGAGACUUUGCCUAUGUUGCAAGAGACAGAGGAUCUCGAAGAUUUAUGUGCCAUGUAUUCCGUUGUGAUACUCCCGCCAAAACAAUAGCCAAUGCUUUGAGAGAUAUUUGUAAACGACUGAUGGUGCAUAGACGUCCCAGUUCUCUUGCUCCUUCUGAGGUUCCAGAAAGAAGAAUUGUUCGAGCUUCUGAAGGAGUUGUAGCUAACGACGAGCCAAAGAAAGUUAUCCGUUGUCAUUUCUUAGGAGUUACUCAAGUGCCAAAGGCUACCGGAAUAGAAAUUCUUAACGAAGCCGUGGACCGCCUUGUUUCUCAAGUUCGUCCUGAACGUUGGAUUCUUUCGGAUGUAGCCAUUGCUCCAUCUACCAUUUCUAUUAAUGAAGUUAAUGGAAGUCAAAUUGCUCAAUGUCGAGUGAGAUAUCUUUCCUUCUUGGGUAUUGGCCGCGACAUAAAACACUGUGCUUUCAUCAUGCAUACUUCCUCUGAGAAUUAUAUGUGUUAUGUUUUCCAUGUCGAGCCAUCAGCUGCCAGUAUGGCUAAAACCAUAGAAGCAGCUUGUAAAUUGCGUUAUCAAAAAGUGCUUGAUGCUCAUGCUGGACGAAGCCAUCCUCCAUCGAUAAUGGGGAUGGACUGA